AACAAACUGACCUAAGCUUACAUAAAAUAGCCUGCCGCUGCCUAAAAGACAAACUUCAGGAUGGCUCGUCUGGUUCUGUCUGCGAUUGUGCUGAUGAUGGCUGUCAUCGCUUUCACUGAAGGUCUGCGUGGAGUUGGACCAAGGAAGUGCUGCUUCCAGUUCAAUGAAAACCCGAUUUCAAAACAUAGAGUGGUGGACUACACCAGAACCAGUCAGCGCUGCCCUAACCCUGCCUUUGUGCUGAAAACAGUUGCAGGCCGUCAGCUGUGUGUCAGACCUUCAGCACCCUGGGUGAAGGAGCUCAUCCGCCAACUGGAUGCCGAAGAAGGUUCUGGUUUAAACAUCAACCUGUAAAAGUGAUGAUCUACCCACAAGCCAGCCUGCAUGGUUAUGUAGGUUGGAUGUGAUGCUACAGUUUCUUCCAGAAAAUAGCAGCUCUCUUCUAUAUUUACCAAAAAUUCUAAUAUUUUAUGGCAGACUACUGGGAUGAAAUGAAGGGAAUCAAAUAUUCUUCAUGUAAAUGAAGUAUUUUUUUUUUUUUUUGUGGUUCUCAUACAGAACAGCAGAAGUAUUUUUGUAAAAUACGACAUUUAAAGUUCAACCAUUAACUCUGUGAGCUUUACCUCUAUUGUACUUUGAACUGACCUUAGCAAAGCAACUAUUGUAAAAGACAAAUGUCUUCCAAAACCACAGAGUAAUCUUUAUCAUAUAAGCUACGAAUAUUGCACUUGCUCAUGUAACACCUUAAUCCUGAUUUUAUUUAAAGUCUUAUUAUACUUCAUUAGUGACAGCAGUAUUGUAAUCCUUUCAGUAUUUUAAUCCUUUAAGUAUUGUAACUUAUUUAGGAGUUUGUAAUCAUUUUCUGUAUGCUUGAACAAUGGGAU